GCUCAGGCAGCGGGGCGGGGCGGUGUAGGCGGGGCGCCACGGCUCUCGCCCUGAUUCGUGCGGGGAUUGGACGGGCCGCGGCUUCCUUACCUCCAACCAAUCACCGGCCUGAACUUCCUGGAGGCUUUGGUGCGCUCCGGCGUCGCUCGGGAGGUCGGCGAGUGCUCUGCGGUGGCCGGUGUCUGCAGGCCCAGCUCUGCACCCAAUCAUGAAGCUCCGGAAAGCUUGGCUGUUGGUCCUGCUCUUGGCGCUGACACAGCUGCUGGCUGCUGCGAGCGCCGGAGAUGCACACGAAGAUACUUCAGAUACAGAAAAUGCCACUGAGGAGGAAGAGGAGGAAGAGGAAGAGGAUGACGAUGACUUGGAAGUUAAGGAAGAAAAUGGUGUUUGGGUCUUAAAUGAUGGGAACUUUGAUAACUUUGUGGCUGACAAAGAUACAGUGCUACUGGAGUUCUAUGCACCAUGGUGUGGACACUGCAAGCAGUUUGCUCCAGAAUAUGAGAAAAUUGCCAGUACUUUGAAGGAUAAUGAUCCUCCCAUUGCUGUAGCGAAGAUCGAUGCAACCUCAGCAUCCAUGCUAGCCAGCAAAUUUGAUGUGAGUGGCUACCCCACCAUCAAGAUCCUGAAGAAGGGACAGGCCGUUGACUAUGAUGGCUCCAGGACCCAGGAAGAAAUUGUUGCCAAAGUCAGAGAAGUUUCCCAGCCUGAUUGGACACCUCCACCUGAAGUCACUCUUUCAUUGACUAAAGAUAACUUUGACGAUGUUGUAAAUAAUGCAGACAUUAUUUUGGUGGAGUUCUAUGCCCCGUGGACGGUGGCUCUCUUGCUUUUUUCCUUGUCUUUCUACCAGUUUGCUGUGCUCCUGUCUACACACACAGGCCUCUUGGAUGUGAAUGCCAACGACAAGAGUCUCAUGUUCCAACAAUUUAGUGUGCCUGUGGGGCCUGUCUUGUCAUUCUCACCUAGGAGACAUUCCAAGAUUUGGUGUGGACACUGCAAGAAACUUGCCCCUGAGUAUGAGAAAGCUGCCAAGGAGCUCAGCAAGCGCUCUCCCCCAAUUCCCUUAGCCAAAGUGGACGCCACCGAACAGACAGACCUGGCUAAGAGGUUUGAUGUCUCUGGCUACCCGACUUUGAAAAUUUUCCGCAAAGGAAGGCCUUUUGACUACAAUGGCCCACGAGAGAAAUAUGGGAUUGUUGACUACAUGAUUGAGCAGUCUGGGCCUCCCUCAAAGGAGAUCCUGACCCUGAAGCAGGUCCAGGAGUUCCUGAAGGAUGGAGAUGAUGUGGUCAUCAUUGGGCUCUUUCAGGGAGAUGGUGACCCGGCCUACUUGCAGUAUCAGGAUGCUGCUAACAACCUGAGAGAAGAUUACAAGUUUCACCACACUUUCAGCCCUGAAAUAGCCAAGUUCCUGAAAGUCUCCCUGGGGAAGUUGGUGCUGACACACCCUGAGAAGUUCCAGUCCAAGUAUGAGCCCAGGUUCCACGUGAUGGAUGUUCAGGGCUCUACAGAAGCAUCAGCCAUUAAGGACUAUGUAGUGAAACAUGCCUUGCCCCUGGUGGGCCAUCGUAAGACUUCUAAUGAUGCUAAGCGGUACAGCAAACGCCCCCUGGUGGUUGUAUACUACAGUGUGGACUUCAGCUUUGAUUACAGAGCUGCUACUCAGUUUUGGCGUAACAAAGUCCUAGAGGUGGCCAAGGACUUCCCUGAGUAUACCUUCGCCAUUGCUGACGAGGAAGACUAUGCCACGGAGGUGAAGGACCUGGGGCUCAGUGAGAGUGGAGAGGAUGUCAAUGCAGCCAUCCUAGACGAGAGCGGGAAGAAGUUUGCCAUGGAGCCAGAGGAGUUUGAUUCAGACACUCUCCGGGAAUUUGUCACAGCUUUUAAAAAAGGAAAACUAAAGCCAGUCAUCAAAUCACAGCCAGUACCCAAGAACAACAAGGGACCAGUCAAGGUGGUGGUGGGAAAGACCUUUGAUGCCAUUGUGAUGGACCCCAAAAAGGACGUCCUCAUUGAAUUCUAUGCACCCUGGUGUGGGCACUGCAAGCAGCUAGAGCCUAUCUAUACCAGCCUAGGCAAGAAAUACAAGGGCCAGAAGGACCUGGUCAUCGCCAAGAUGGAUGCUACUGCCAACGACAUCACCAACGACCAAUAUAAGGUGGAGGGCUUCCCUACCAUCUAUUUUGCUCCCAGUGGGGACAAAAAGAACCCAAUUAAAUUUGAGGGUGGCAACAGAGAUCUGGAGCAUUUGAGCAAGUUUAUAGAUGAACAUGCCACAAAGAGGAGCAGGACCAAGGAAGAGCUUUAAAGGCCUGGCUGUGUGCAGAAGGUGGAGGCACCAGGCACUAGUGGACAGCAUUGGCCACCAAGCAUGUGAGCCAUCAGUGAAAUGGCAGGAUCUUGACUUUUUUUUAUAUUUUGUUAAUGCCACCUCAUGCUCUGAAUACUGAAUAGCCACGAGUGACUUGAUGAUAGUUUAGAUCAGAUUUUUAUGGAGGAUACAUCUAUUUUUAUCAUUUUGGGUCUUCUUUUUUUUUUUUUUUUUUUUUAACUAUUUACUUCAGUAUCUCUUCAGACAAAUAAGUUUUGGAUCUUCUGUUUAAGAAUCUUUUUUUUUUUUUUUUAAUUUAAACUUUAAAAGUCUUUGCCAAAUCA